GACUUGUCUUAUCAUUUUAAUUUUUUAGAGCAGUUGAAAAUCCCACAAAAUUUUAUUCCGGCUGCUGGGUUUUAUUUUUUAGUCUUUUCCCCUCUCUUCUAACCAAUACAUUCAUCCAUAUUCUCAUACCAGCUUUAACCAGAAAGUCUUGGAUGGUGCAUCCAAACACCAGAACCUGUUUUGUUUUUUUAAUUUUGAAAGAUUGAGAAACCACCGCCACAGAGCGAGGUAGGGAAAUUCUUCUUAUCAUGAUGAUGCUGUUCACCUUGUGCAUGUUCUUCAUCUGUUCGUCUCUUUUCUACUGCUGUGCUAGAGAUACCAUAACACCAGAUGAACCGAUACGCGACGGAGAGACACUUGUUUCAGCCAGCAAAAAAUUUGAACUCGGAUUUUUCACUCCUCCAGGAAAUUCCAAUAACAGCCGAUAUGUGGGCAUAUGGUAUUACGGGUCGAAUCCCCGUAUAGUAGUAUGGGUUGCCAACAGAGACAAACCGCUUUCUGAUACCUCUGGAGUUUUAAAAGUGACAGAUGGGAAUCUCAAACUACUGGAUGGAAAUGGAGACCAACAAUAUUCUGCAGUGCUUGAAAAUACAUCGCCGCGCUUGCAGAUAAAGGCGGCGAAGCUCGCGGAUGAUGGGAACCUGGUUCUGAUUGAAAAGGCUGCUAACUUCACUUUCUGGGAGAGUUUUAAACAUCCAACAGACACGUUUCUUCCCGGCAUGACAAUGGUUGAGCAACUGACAUUGGUUUCAUGGAAAAGUGAGAGUAACCCCGGGACAGGAAUCUACAGUUUCCAGCAAGAUCCAGAGUCGAAACAUUAUAUGAUCUCCAAAGAUUCGAUUUCGUUUUGGAAAAGUGGGGGCGGAUUUAAUAAGAAUGAUGAAGUGUUGGAUGUAAUGCUUGACCUUCAAUCAUCAAAUAAAAGUAUAUCAGGCGUUAGACUGGUGAUGGACUCGUCAGGGAAACUGCAAUAUCUAACACGUAAUCCUGAUGAGCGGCCUGUGAUUUGGUCAGAACCAAGAGACCCAUGCAGCGUGCUAAAACCUUGCGGGAAGUUUGGUAUCUGCAAUGCUAGCAAUGAGUUUAUGUGCAAUUGUUCGUUGGGGUUCAAGCCGGCGCAGCCAGAGACUUGGAAUUCUGGAGACUUUACAGAUGGUUGUACAAGAAACUUGGAGUUAUGCCUCGAAAAUGGUAAGGCUAAUAAAUACGAGUUCUUCAGCUUGACCAUAAUAAAAUAUCGAAAUCCAGAGAACGGGAUUCGGGUUAGCAGUGAGAAUAAAUGUAAAGAGGAGUGCCAGGAUUGUAACUGCAUUGCUUAUUCAUACGAUGGCGACUACUUCGCUCCGCAAGAAAACACAGGGGAUGAUUGGAACUGCCAGAUUUGGAAUCCAAAUCAAGAUCUUCGAUUUGUGGUUCCCGGGCCCCUUGAUGGCAAGACCAUCCAACUUUUCCUCAAAAUUGCCGUAGAUUCUCAUGACAGAGAAACAAGUGGGUCUCAAGGAAAAAGGACAUCAUUUCCCCGGACUGUUGUAAUUUCUUGUACAAUACUUUUAGCUGCUUUGGUUGCUUUAGCAUGCACUAUUGUUUAUAUGUCUUAUCUUCGGAGAAGAUCAGAGAUGACCGCGAUACAUGAAACAAGAGGAAGAGUUCUUGGAAAUCCUGCACGCUUUUAUGAUAGUGAGAGGCAUGUUAGAGGCUUAAUAGACCUUAGCCAGUUCAGAGAAGAUGAAAAGAAUGACAUAGAUGUCCCAUUUUUUGAUUUUGAGAGCAUACUACAUGCAACUGAUUACUUUUCGAAUGAAAACAAACUUGGACAAGGGGGUUUUGGACCGGUUUACAAGGGUAAAUUUUUGGGAGGACAAGAAAUUGCGGUGAAGAGGCUUUCAAGUGCUUCAGGGCAAGGCUUGGAGGAAUUUAAGAAUGAGGUUAUGUUGAUUGCAAAACUUCAGCAUCGUAAUCUUGUUAAACUUUUGGGCUAUUGCAUCAAAGGCGAUGAAAAGAUUUUACUCUAUGAGUAUAUGCCCAACAAAAGCUUAGACAAUUUCAUAUUUGAUCGAACACUGUGCUUAACAUUGAAGUGGGAGAAACGCUUUGAUAUCAUUUUGGGAAUUGCUCGAGGGCUUCUAUAUCUUCAUCAAGACUCUAGGUUGAGGAUCAUACAUAGGGAUUUGAAAACAAGCAACAUUCUAUUGGACGAGGAGAUGAACCCCAAGAUUUCAGACUUUGGCCUCGCAAGGAUCUUUGGAGGCAAGCAAACAGAGGCAGCUACCAAUAAAGUAGUUGGAACCUAUGGUUAUAUGGCCCCAGAGUAUGCAUUGGAUGGGUUUUUCUCUAUCAAGUCAGAUGUCUUUAGUUUCGGAGUUGUAUUGCUUGAGAUUAUCAGUGGUAAAAAGAACACAAGAUUUUGUUUGUCGGAGCAAACUUUAAGCCUUUUAGGCUAUGCAUGGCGAAUAUGGAUAGAAGAAAGGGCACUAGAUUUGGUUGAUCACACACUAAGAAAAUCAUGCAAUAUAGGUGAAGUUUUGAAGUGCAUAAAUGUUGGAUUAUUAUGCGUACAAGAAGAUCCGAGUGAUCGACCAACCAUGUCAGCGGUGGUUGUCAUGCUUGGUGGUGAAACAAUCACUCUUCCAAGUCCGAAACAACCAGCCUUUGUUCUUAUGAGAGAUUUUUCUAGUGUUGAUUCUUCUUCAAGUAAACCAGAACAAAGUUCAAAAAGUUCGAACAUGGAGCUCACAAUAACUAGAGAAGAAGAUCGAUAAAAGGAGGGUUCUCAUGAGUUCUUUUUACUAACAAUGAAAAAAGUUUCUAGUAUGUCAAAUGUGGGGAUUUGCAAGACAGGACUAUAUUUAUUCUUUUUUUUUUUUGUAAUAUUGAUAUAAUCUUGAUUGACUAGAAAAUUAAGCUAUCUUGUUUA